CUCUCGGUUGCUGAGCUUGAUCAAGCGAAGAAGGAAGGAUUCGGAAUUUAUGGGAAGCGAAAUAAUUGAAUACAGCCAUCAUCUGGGACGAUAAUGUUGACUUAAAAUGAAUGGUAAAGUAUUUGAUUAAUUCAGACUACACUGAAGCCAAAAUUGCUCGUCCAAAUUCUAUGUUUGUGUCGACUUGCUUUCAUAGAUUGUAUGUACGGACGUGGCAAGUUGAAAUAUGGAAAUUCACUCUUAUUCUUCAAAUCUCAAGCAAACUCUCGACUAAAGCAUAGAGAAUGUUCUUUGAAUUGAAUCUCAUGUGUAACUUUGACAAAUCUACCUUUUAAGGGUUGAUUUUGCUUACACCCAUCAGAUCGCUAGUUGAUAUACGUUCAUCAAAUUAAAUGCUUAGCGUGUCGUGUUUACCUUUAAGAGGUACUUGGGUCUUUCGUUUGAUGAUUUUUUUUGUUACUUAUUCGUUACAAAAAACUAUAGGCAUAUUUUUUUUGUAACCGGUGGAUAUUUCAGCAAAAUUUUGUAACAGCAUCAUCUUUUGGAUCAUCUGUAAAGAAGGGGAAAUGGCGCCCUCAAAUCCGUAAAUUAAUGACUUUGCUAGUGGGAGGGUUUUAGGGGGAUGCAGGUAGUAAAAACUAUGUGACACAAGACCUCCCCAAUUUCUUCCCGUGGCUUUGUAUUCGUUUACAUGAUAGUGCCAGAAAUUGGUAGGCAGAAGUGAGAUCUACCGGUACAAGUUCACCCUGAUUGUGAACCAGACUGCAUACUGAAGUAAAAACGUAAUUCCAGCACAAAAGCUCUUCUCAGUAUCAUGUAAACAAAGACCAGCCACUUGUUUUGAUGUGAAAUUAGCUUUUAGACCCAGUUUUACAAUGAGUGGGUUACACUAUUCAACCAAUAAAUCGCUCUUCUCCAGACAAUUGUUAACAAAAUGCCCUGGGCUAUCCAGUGGAUUGAGAUUUAUCUAGUGAAUAGCAUUGUUCACACUUAAAAAAAUCCAGGCCUGAUUAAGUGCUGUAAAACAUGUGUAAGUUUGUCAAUCUAAGAUAGACUCACUGGGAAAAAGGAGAAACAGCUGUUUAUAGAUGCAGUCUAACAUCACACAGUCACCCUUGUAAAGAACUUUAGCUGAUCUGAGUCUUCUUCUGCAAAUGUUGUAGAUUCAAAUAAAAUUCAGGCCAGUUACCUUUUUACACCCUAGUAUCAGUAUGCAUAUUCUCCAUACUGUUCUUUAUACAUUUUCUAAGGUGCUGACAAGGAGAAUUUGUUUAACAAUCAAGAGUUUCUUUAGUUGGUGAUGAUUUCCUAGAUUCUUUUGACUUUGUUAUUUGAUUCAGAGGUAAUAUUGUAGGGAGAAAUUAGAUGCCAGUCACCCUUAGGGGUCAAAGGCUUAAAGUGAUUUCGAACGCAUUUUUUUAAUUUACUUGGAACAAGUAAAUUACUAAUAUACUAGUAUUACUAAUAAUGUCAGAAAUUACAAAAACCACAAAUCAUAGUGCUUUUCAUUAUCAUGUUGUUUAGCAAAGCAAAAUUAUUUAUUAAUUGUUCAGCUUAUCUUGUUAGUGAGAAAACCCAAGCCUACCAACCCACUAGUUUUUAGUUACUAGUCUCUUUCCCAUUAUUUAAUUCCUUAUUUCACUUAUUUUUUUCUUUUUUUUCAGUAUACUCUUUUGAUGGUGUUUUGGUGUUGGCAUUGUUGAUCAUUUGUACUUGUGCAUACAUAACAAGAGUUCCCAGACUGAAGUCAUUCUUUCUCUCUGAAAAGAAGGGAUUCUUUGGUGUAUUUUAUAAAGGUAAGCCAUGAAGUUGUUAAUUCCAUUUACAGUGGAUCUUCACAUUGCAGUCACCUUCUUAUAAUUAAACUGCUAACACAACCCAAAUGUCUUAUGCUUCUUUAAAAUUGUUUUAGCUCUCUCUUGUGGUUGCCUCCAAGCCAUCAUUUGUUGAUCUUAAUUACCAACCAUUUCCUUUAACAAUUUUGCCUGAAAAAAAUGGUGUGAUCAGCUUGCAGUGAAGUUUGACACUAUCUGGGUCAUCAGCAACAGAAUGUUCUGUUUUACUUAUGCUGCAUUUUGGUCAUCCACUAAUUUCAGUUUAUAUGUUUUUUGCUUUUCUUAUCCUUAUUGCAUAUAUUUUUUUUUUCAUGAUUUCUAUCAACUUUAUUGUUUUGGCUAGUAACUGCACAAAGCACAUUUUUAAUAUGUUAAAUCUAAAAUUCGUCCCCGUAUCCAUUUUGAAAAAAGGCUAUGAGCAGUUCCAGUAGUGAAAGUAUAGUCAGAUUUUCGUAGGUUCACUGAAGAAAAACUAGGUUCAUUAAGGUACAUGCAAUAUUUGAAUUAAAUGUUUGUGUUUAUUUCCUUGUAGCUGCAGUUAUAGGAAUUCGCCUACACUGGGUUGUGGCACUAUCUUGUGUUUUAAUGGCACUUUAUAUUCUUAUCCUGAAGUAAAGGAACUUGACAGAGCGGCUUGGGUUUACAUGUCCCUGCCAAGGACUACAAGGGAACACAUUCUUAAACAUGGGUGUGGUUUUCAAGGAAACAUUUACUAAGAGGAAGAUACUUUCAAAGAUCUUAUUUGAAGGAGUAGUGACAAUGCUUGGUAUUGUGAUUAAGUCCAUAAAAAUAUGACAUUAGUUAAGUUUCUGGGUUUUUCUUACAGCACUGACACUGUAGAAAACCCUAUCCCAUCUACUUCUUGUAUUAUAGAAAUGUGAACAAUUUCAAUAAUUUAUUUUUGGGGGGGGGGAGUGUGGUAUUUCUCCAAUGAAGCUGUAUCACAUUCAGUGGUGCUCUGUGGUACUUACAAGGGGAAUUAGAUUUUGACUUUCACUAGCUUAUGGUCAUUGUAAUUAUUGAUAUGUGGCCAAUUGCAAGAUUUGAUUCAUAGCAUGGGGAAGAUGCUCUUAUAUUUCUAAAUGAUAACAAGAGUUUUCAAUAGUACUACCAGUAACCAAAACUUCUCACCAUGGUGUAAUUAAUUUGACUGCAAUGUAUCUGUUUAUCAGCCCUUUCCAACAUGAGUCUAACUUCCUGGGUAUAUGUCUUCAAACCUAGAUUUAGAAAACACCAGCAAUAAUCCAGCAGAACAUGUUAUAAGUAAGUCUCAUCACAAAGGUGUUAUGCUCUCUAUUUCUCCACAAAUGAGCGUGGUUUCCUUAUUGACUUUCAAAACCAUUUAUUAGCCUUUGUAUGUUGAAGGCAAUUGUAAAGGAAAUAUAUCCCUUGUCAUCCAUCCUGUCAGUCCUCCUGCAAGUAGUACUUUGUGGAAGUUUCUUGUUGUGCAAAUGCCUUAUCAUGAAAGUUCAGUAAAUCAAUUUCUAUUAUAGUGAAUGUGCUAGUAACUAUAACUUCCUUUUCAGGUAAGGCAUCUUCAAUUAGUAUAUUUUCAUAAGGUGUGCACAUGUAAGGUUUUUUUAGAUAAAUUUUCAAUUGUGUGUUAAUAGUACUCCUGGAUUACUUUGGUUUGCAUUAUUUCAUUUGUGAUUGGUACAGAAAACUUUCACCACUUUCUCUACCAAUCAACUAAAGCUAAUUGCAACUUGGUUAAUUGCAUUUUCCCAUGUUUCAGGCAGAUUGCCUGUUUUUAGUUCAAUUUUCAUUUACUCCUGGUGAUGUUUUCUUUGCUAUAUCCAGCUGUUGUGAUUGCCUUGGGUUUGGUUUUACAACACUCAAUCAAAAGGCACUUGAAUAAAUAUCAAUUAUUGUUUCAUUUACCUAUUUGUGUGCACUUGGAGAAAAGAUUUAACCCCUUAACUCCCAUGAGUGACCAAGACAGCAUUUCUUCUUUACAAUAUCAAUACAAAAUUAAGAAGACAAGUGAUGAGAACCGAGAAAAGUAUCAAUUAGAGGAUUAUUGGUUGAUCCAAUACCAAAUUCCCAGAAGUAACAUCAGAAGAAUUGUAUAGCAGACAGUGAGGAGAAUUACUAAAAAUAUCUUGGGAGUUAAAGGGUUGACAGAUUUCAGUAGAAACUUAAUAUGUAUUUGUCAAUCGUCAGCUUAUACUUUCUUUUUUAAUAACUAUUUGAAGAGGUUUCACCUCAUGUAUGAUUCAUUGUGUAUCAAGAAGCCAUUUAUUUCUGAACUAUUUGGGUAACGGUACAUUAACUUCAAAACGAAAGAACAGUUACAUGAUGUUUAAUUUAAUAAACUACUUGCGACCGAAAACGUCCUCAAACAUUUCGUAAUUAUGUCUUUGAGUCUAUAAGUACUGGG